AUGCGCGGUGACGGGAGCGACGCCUCGGGCGUCCUGCGCGCGCGCUCCGUCGCGCGCGCGGGCGAGGCGGCGACGGCGACGCGCGCGCGUCCGAAUUUCAGUGGAACGUGGGAGACGGAGACGACGGAAGGGGCGGAUCGGUUCAUCGAGAACGCGGGCGCGGCGUUGGCGAGGCGGUUCGCGGGACGGAUCGAUUUGAGAGAGACGCGACACAUCGCGCACGAUGGUGCGCGGUUGGAGGAUACGCUCGUGAGUGGAUGCGUGGCGAUGACGAACGUGAGUGAGAUCGAUGCGUGGACCGAGGUGGUGAACUCGGAUGGGUCGACGAUGCGCGCGCGGGCGCGAUGGGACGGAGACGUGUGGGUGGAGACGGAUGAUUGCCUGCUCAUGGAGACGCGACGCUGGAUGGAACGAGGGAGUAUGAUUGUCGCGCGAACGGUUUCGAGCGAGGAUGGGACCAUGGUCACGGCGAAGCAGUACUUCACGCGAUGCGUGAAGAGGGCGACGAAUGUGAGCGUGCGACCAAAGGCAAUCGCGCCGGCGACGAAGGAAGCGACGCAAGCGCUGCCGACGACGAAGAAACCGGAGAAGGAUGACGACGAAGUGAGCAUUUUCACUGACAUGGGCGCGAGGUUCUUCGGCGUGUUCGGGGGCGGGGACUCACCGAAGGAGGGACGCACGGAGAGGGGCGACGUUCUCAAGACGUUCGACCUUCCCGCCAAAACAGAGUUCGUGGCGUCGUACGAAUGCUCCCUAGUGACACCGAAGACACUCCCGAAUGCGCUGUCGAACAAGGGAGAUAAAGGCACGCUGUACGUCAUCAAGCACGGGUUCGCUUUCAUCGGCGGCGAUGAAAAGAACAAGGUGGCGUGGUACACGGACGCCAUGGCUGUUCAAGAACUCACCGUGGAGGGCGUGAACUCGAUCUCGAUGGAGAUAGCGGACGGUUCUGCGAUCAAGAUUCACAACAUCAAAGGACGCGACCGUGCGUUUGAUUCGAUGAUUGCGAUGCUUGAAUCCAUGCCGGAUAGCGAAGACAAGGCGGUGGCGACGAACACGAGUCCGAACGGGCCGCCCUUGAAGUUUGGCUUCAGCCCGGAAAUGUACGUUUUUCUUCAGCUCCUCGACGUUAGCGUGGAGGGCGCGGCGGCGAAUGUUCCGGGGACGCCGACGACGACGCUCAUCCUGGGCGACGUCAGUCACUCGGUGGCGUCGACGAACCCAGUACCGACUGGAUUCGGAGGUUACAGCGCCAACAUCGAACAAACUGUCGUCAUGACGAUGGCGUCAUUGAACGAAUUUGAAGGUGAACACGUGGCAAUCGUCGUUAGAGACUCGCAAGGCGAUGAAAUCGGCGAAGCGAUGCUCCCAAUAGCCGCACUGCCGCGAGACGAGGUGGGGAAAGCAAACGUACGCGCCGCUCCAUUCGCCAUCAAUUUGUCUAUUCCGCGCAAGAAGGUUGAAGGGCCGGGCGCUGGCUUGCGAACAAAACCGGUGUCGAAGAAUGCUGCGCGUGGUAUUGGCACCCUGAACGUUGCCGCAUGGAUUGGCUCCGCCUCUGAGGCGGCUGGAUUCGUAAACGAUGACAAGGCCGAGGGCACUGUCGCAAAAAAGGCGAUAGUUCGCGUAACUCCCGCACUGGCGGCCAUCACUGUCAACGCGCGCAUGGUUCGAGGUUUGAAUCCGACCGAGAGCAAAUCGAUUCGAUGCAUCAUAUCGUAUGGAAGUCAAGAAGCGGAGACGAGCGAGACGAGUGUUAGCACUACAGAGGACAUGCGCUUCUCCUUUGGCGAGGCAUCCUUCAACACGGAAGCUCCGUGCACGGGCCUCGUGCGCGUGGAUGUCGUCACGUGUGACACGGGUGAGGUGCUUGGAACGACUGAGGUGGACGUCGCGAAUCUUCCGAAACGUCGAAUCGAUCGACAUGGGCAAGUAUCCGAUCCACCCGCCGGUCGAUAUUACAAGCUUCAAUCAACCGACGAGGGAGAAGAAGCAGGAUUCGUUUUCCUGCAGGCGUACAUCGAUCCCGCUCUUACAUACUCUCAGCAGCAAAAGCCCUUGCUCGGUGAACUCAAGGUGAAAGUUUUGAAAAUGGAGGGUUUACCAGAAGGACGUUCGCCAGCACUUGUCGCAAAUGUCGGUUCCGCCUGGGCGCUUCUACCCGGAAACGGAAGCGGAGGACCGUCGGGAUGGAAGCGUGAGCUCCACGCGGCUGUUCGUGAUGCCUCCGAAUGGUGCACUAUCGUCAUUUACGAUCGGCUCAAGACUGAUGAGAUCCUUGGCAAGAUUCGAUUUUCUCCGUUUAGCCUCCCAGAACACGGUCGUGCGAUAAUUUGUACGAUUCCACUGACGACGAAAGACAUCUUUGGAACGGGCACGGAAAACGGCGAAAUCACGCUUCGCUUACAAUUCAAACAGCAGGUGAGUAACACUGCGUUGUUCGUCCAUUAUUGCACGCCGGUGCUACCGCCGAGCGCGUAUCGACCCAGCGACAUGGACACGCUACUCCGUGAUCUGGACAUGGUCAACUACGAGCGACUCGUCACGGGACACGACGCUCUUCCCGAGCCAGCUGUGCGAUCCAUCUUGGAAGUGAGUGAAGCUGACGCGUCCAUCGCGACUCCGCGCCGAACGAAGGCAGCGAUGAUACGUCUGGCUGCAACUUUAGAAACGUUCAAAGCCGUGGUGAAACCACUCACUCAAGCGGUAUCAUGGGAGAAGCCAAUGUACACAGCGGCGUUACACGUGGCCAUCUUCGUAUACCUUUGGAUGCCGCGACUGAUGUUCGUGGCUUACUUUGCGUUCGUCGCGUGGCAUAUCUCGCUGAGAAACAAGCCGACGUUGUUUACGAUUCUCGGUGAGAACAAGAGUCGAUUGGUGGGCUCCGUAGACGUUACGAGGGCUCCGGCUGGAAGCACUCGUGCGCCACUGUCGUCGCUUAUUCGUGAGUCGCAUGCCGUUGCUGCCUUGACGGCUCCGUCGCACGACGCCUACGAUAACAUCGUGCAGUUUAGCUUUUGGUGCCAGGCGCAGGUUGAGUUCUUGCGCGAGCCUUUAGAAAAGUUUCACACACUUUUGUCGUGGGACGACGAGGGAGACAGCGCGAGGUUCCAGACGAUGCUUCUUGGCGCCGCGGUUGGUUUCCUGUUCAUCCCCUUCAGAUUCGUGGCGGCGGUGAUCCUUUUCGCGUGCUUGCGCCACCCUUGGGUGAUGAAACCUCCCGUACCCCCGUAUAAGAUCGCCAUUGCGCGCGCCAUCGCCCCAGCGUAG